CUUACCGAGACAACGUAUUCUAAAUUCAAAUAAGUUUAAUUUUUUAAACGUUCUGUAGUCUAUUAUAUUUUAAUUAUUGGAUAGCUUAUCUAUUGUGUUAAAAAUGGUGGGAAAGUGCGUGUUUUUUUUAAUUUUUAGUGUAAUGGCGUCGGUUAUGGAUGGACAGACCUUGGGAGGUCCCAUGCACGACAAAGUGGUGGUAUGCUACGUGGCGACGUGGGCAGUUUACAGACCAGGUCCGGGCAAAUACGACCUGUCAGAUAUCGAACCUUCGUUGUGCACCCAUCUCGUUUACUCCUUCGCCGGUCUCGACGAGAGCACAUCAAGCAUCAGGAGUCUAGAUCCCUGGCAAGACCUAGAGAAGGACUAUGGUAAAGCAGGGUACAAGCGCCUAGUGUCCCUCAAGGAGAGAUAUCCUCAUUUGAAGGUGACGAUUGCCAUCGGAGGCUGGAACGAGGGUUCUGACAAGUACUCCAGGAUGGCCUCCAAGCCGGAGACCAGAGCCAAGUUCGUGGAGAGCGUUAUGCACUUCUUGAACACAUACAAGUUCGAUGGUCUUGACCUGGAUUGGGAGUACCCUACGAAAAGGGGAGGUACUCCAGAAGAUAGGAAUAACUACGUUGCUAUGGUUAAGGAGCUGAAAGACGCCUUUGAGCCAUACGGUUAUAUCCUCACAGCGGCUCUAGGAGCUGGCAAGGAGACCAUGGACACGGCAUACGACUUAGCCAGGCUCAGCCGGUACCUUGACUUCAUUCACAUGAUGUGUUAUGACUACCACGGCACUUGGGACAAUACCGUGGGAGCCAACGCGCCCUUGAGGGGCACUAGCGAAGAAGACUUCCUUAGUGUGGAGUACUCAAUAAAAUACCUAUUAUCCCACGGAGUGAGCCCGUACAAGAUGAUCCUGGGUCUACCGAUGUACGGCCGUAACUUCCUCCUGGCCGAUCCAUCAGUGAAGAACAUUACGUUUGGUCAAACGAAAGCAAAAAACAUCGGUUUCGCCGGACCUUAUACCAGAGAGUCUGGGUUCAUUGGGUACAAUGAGAUCUGCGAAGAGAUGACGAACAAAACAUCAAAAUGGACGCGACAUUGGGACAAUAAUUCCGCGACCGCAUACAUUAGAGACGGAGAGAAAGUCGUUGUCUACGACAACCCACGAUCCAUCGCUAUCAAAGUCAAAACCGCCAUAGACUACGGUCUCGGAGGUCUGAUGGUGUGGAGUAUAGACACGGAUGACUUCAGGGGCUCUUGUGAACCGGAGCCUGAUACCUACUUGGAAUUUAUGGAGCGAUACAACAACAUAGUGGACGAUCCUGUGCUGCAAGAGGCGCUGAAGAACCUCAACUUGCCUGACGCCAACCGCAUAGAGAACCUAAGCAGACGUACAGCAUACGCAGUGGCUAACAACAAACUGCACCUUCGCUUAGCAGAACCGGAAUUUUCGAACUACCCUCUGAUGAGGACCAUCAACGAAGCUACAACCCUGGCGUUAGAAGAGAAGAGAAUAUUGGACGAAAUGGCGGCAGUCGUGAAACAGAACGAGAUAGGAUAUAAACCCGACGACAAAGGAUCUGCUCGGAGUAUUGCUGUUAACUUUUGCCUACUUUUAUAUGCAGUGUUAACUUUUAAACUGUUUUAAUUUGCCAAAACAGCAAUAUAGAUCAGCAAUUUUCAUUGCUGGGCUAGAUUAUUAGCCAGAUUUCCUGCCAAAAGCAAAUCUAGGCUAUUGGCAUCAGCAAUAUGCCCCGCAAUUUUUAUUGCCGGACUAAAAAAAUCCGAGCUUUUACAGCAAUAUUUGAAUAAAAAGAGAUAAAACUAUUGGGCUCUAUAAUUGUCAGAAAUAUUUCCAGCAAUAUUAUUAAAUAGCCCACAUUAUUAUAACAACACAGGAAUUUCCAAGUUAUUAAAUACAGAAAAAAAGACAAUUUAGUCAUGUAAAUAUUUCUCUAACUAGCCUCUGAUGAGGAUCAUCAAUAAAGCGACAACCCUGGCGUUAGAAGAGAAGAGAAUAUUGGACGAAAUGGCUGCAGUCGUGAAACAGAACGAGAUAGGAUAUAAACCCGACGACAAAGGAUCUGCUCGGAGUAUUGCUGUUAACUUUUGCCUACUUUUAUGGGCAGUGUUAACUUUUAAACUGUUUUAAUUUGCCAAAACAGCAAUAUAGAUCAGCAAUUUUCAUUGCUGGGCUAGAUUAUUAGCCAGAUUUCCUGCCAAAAGCAAAUCUAGGCUAUUGGCAUCAGCAAUAUGCCCCGCAAUUUUUAUUGCCGGACUCAAAAAUCCGAGCUUUUACAGCAAUAUUUGAAUAAAAAGAGAUAAAACUAUUGGGCUCUAUAAUUGUCAAAAAUAUUUCCAGCAAUAUUAUUAAAUAGCCCACAUUAUUACAACAACACAGAAAAAUUUAUUACCAAACAACACAGGAAUUUCCAAGUUAUUAAAUACAGAAAAAAGACAAUUCAGUCAUGUAAAUAUUUCUCUAACUAGCCUCUGAUGAG